UGUAAGUAUAGCCUAAAACUAUACAGUUUUCAACAAAAAAAWUGUGACUAUUUUUUAUGUUGUUGGUUAGUUAGUUAGUUACUUGGACACACAGUUAGUGAUUWUUUUUUUUUUUGUUGGUUGGUUGGCAUACUAAGUGGUUUGGUUGUCCACCUAAACCAUACAYACACACACACACACACACAUCCAUACAGAMAAACACAUACAUACACAGCAAUGGCCAGUCAGGCGUCGACCAUAUCAACCAAACGACUUGGCGAAGAUUACGUAAAACUACUACAGGAUCCCAUACCCUAUGUGACAGCCCAUCCGUUGGAAAGCAAUAUAUUGGAGUGGCAUUACGUACUGAGAGGACCUCCGGAUAGUCCCUAUACGGGCGGUAUAUAUCACGGAAAAGUUAAUUUUCCACCGGAUUUCCCAUUCAAACCGCCAGCCUUGCGUAUGCUGACACCGAAUGGCCGAUUCAGGCCGCAGGCCAGCAUUUGUAUGUCGAUGAGCGAAUAUCAUCCGAAAACCUGGUCACCCCUGUGGACAGUCGGUGCCGUACUGAACGGUUUGCUUAGUUUUAUGUUGGACACCGACUAUGGUGUUGGUGUUGUCCAGUCAAGCGAUCAAAUGAAACAAGAAUUAGCCGCUCAGUCGUGGGAUUUCAAUCUGAAAGACAAGACAUUUUGUAAACUGUUUCCCGAUUUGGUCGAAGAGGCCAAUCAACGGAAAAAUUCAUUAUAUAUUACCAUAACUUAA